AUGAGCAAGAUAUACAAAAUCAAAAUUUUACUCAAUGCCGGAAAUGGGAAUGAAGAUUGUACAUCGGGCCACUGUAACAUGAAUCAUAAGAUAUCAACAAUAUGGAAGAGUCCAUAUAGAGGUGGUGAAUGGAAACCAUGCUUGCACAGAUCUUCAGAAGGCCUUCCUGAAUCAAAUGGAUACAUUUAUGUAGAGGCUAAUGGUGGCUUAAAUCAGCAAAGGACAUCGAUAUGCAAUGCUGUUGCUGUGGCUGGCUAUCUUAAUGCUACUCUUGUGAUCCCAAAUUUCCAUUUUCAUAGCAUCUGGAAGGAUCCUAGCAAGUUCAGCGACAUUUAUGAUGAAGAAUAUUUUGGCAAUAUCUUGAAAAAUGAUGUACGGGUGGUUGAAAAGAUUCCGGAGCACAUGAUGGAAAGAUUUGGCAGCAACAUGACAAAUGUUUUCAAUUUCAGGAUCAAGGCAUGGUCAUCCAUUCAGUAUUACAGAGACGUGGUACUCCCAAAGUUACUUGAAGAACGGGUUAUACGGAUUUCACCUUUUGCAAAUAGAUUGUCAUUUGAUGCUCCUCCAGCUGUCCAGCGUCUCAGAUGCUUAGCAAAUUAUGAGGCUUUACGAUUUUCAAGUCCCAUAUUGUCCCUGAGUGAAUCUUUGGUUGCAAGAAUGAGGAAGCAAAGCAUAGUGAAUGGCGGUAAAUAUGUCUCCAUACAUCUUCGUUUUGAAGAGGAUAUGGUUGCUUUCUCUUGUUGUGUUUUUGAUGGUGGGAGACAGGAGAAAGAUGACAUGGUUGCAGCAAGAGAAAGAGGUUGGAAAGGGAAAUUUACAAAACCUGGACGAGUUAUACGUCCUGGAGCAAUCAGGAUCAAUGGGAAGUGUCCCCUCACUCCAUUAGAGGUUGGCCUUAUGCUUAGGGGAAUGGGUUUUACAAAGAACACCUCCAUCUAUUUGGCAUCUGGAAAAAUAUAUAAUGCCGAGAUAACAAUGGCCCCUCUAAGGGAAAUGUUUCCUAAUUUGCAUACUAAGGAGACUUUAGCAUCCGAGGAGGAACUUGCCCCAUUUAAGAAUUAUUCUUCCAGGAUGGCUGCUAUAGACUACACAGUUUGUCUUCAUAGCGAGGUGUUUGUCACAACACAGGGCGGUAACUUCCCUCAUUUUCUACUGGGCCACCGGAGAUACUUGUAUGGUGGACACUCUAAGACAAUCAAGCCUGAUAAGCGGAAGUUGGCAUUACUCUUUGACAGUACCAAUAUUGGAUGGAGAAGUCUCAAGCGUCAAUUGCUAAGCAUGAGGUCACACAGUGACUCCAAAGGAAUUGAGCUCAAAAGGCCUAGUGACUCCAUAUAUAGCUUUCCAUGUCCAGAUUGCAUGUGCCACACAAAUAGAACUGUUGAUUCUAAAUCUUCAUCAGCAACUUGA